CUAUCCCAUGCUACCCGGGAAUGUAACACCCACAGAUCAAAGCCACAGAGUUCUCGAACCCUCUUUCACCACCAGUGGCUCAUGGUUCCAACCCUGGGCGAGAAAUCUGAAUAUCAAAAUUCACUUAGCUGACUAAUGCUUUUGCAGAUCUUCAGAGGCUCUAUUUCCCCUUUCCCAUCAGUGGAUCGGAUCUAAUUCGACGGGGGUGAAUUCGCCUGCCAUUUACACAAGGGCUUGUAAAACUCACCAAACUUCCUCAUAAACUCCCCACAAAGAGGGUUUCAUUUUUAAGAAACUCCAGCCCCGGCUGAUAUCGGAUUCCAGAAACCUCGGCGGGGAGAGUGGUGGACGAGGUACUCCAGACCCGGCAUUCGGGGGGGAGAAAAGGUGAUGCAUAGUUAUUCUUGACUCCUGGCCCCCUCCCCCCAGAGAUGCUUCACUUCCCAUGGGGCUUUGCAGUCUUUCUUCUAUUUCUUCUCAGCCUGGCUUCCGAUCCCCGCAACCCUUGCUACGAUGCCAACCGACAGCCACGUUACUGCCUUCCAGAACUGUCUGAACUGGCCUCAGGGCUUCUGGUGGAAGCGUCCAGCACAUGCGGCAGACCACCUGGGCGAUUCUGCACUUUCCGGGAUUCAACCAACACUGCCUCCAAAUUCUGUCAGCGCUGCAAAGAUAACUCUCACCCGCCAGAGUACCUCACAGACACCGACAGUGGUGCUACCUGCUGGUGGUCCCAGCCAGCAGCCAAUGCCACGCUUACGUUGGCACUGGGACGCCGCGUUGAAAUUCUCUAUGUGGCUCUCCGGUUCUGUUCCCCACGACCGGAAUCCCUGGCUAUUUACAAGUCUAUGGACUACGGGCGCAGUUGGAUGCCCUUUCAGUUCUUCUCUGCCCACUGCCAGCGUCGCUACCACUUGCCAACCACCACUGUUAUUUUGAAGUCCAUGGAGCACGAGGCAGCCUGUAUUGAUGCCCAAACAGCCCCAAAGCCUCUGGCUGGAGGAUUGGUAGCUUUUAUGCCUCUAGCUGGCCGUCCCUCGGCCAGAAUGUUUGAAUACAGUCCUGUCCUCCAGGACUGGGUGACUGCCACUGACCUGCGGGUGUCAUUUGACCGCAUGCACCCAACAAGGAUACUGGGGCUGCGGAGAAGGGAGGCAUCCUAUGGGGUAGCUGAACUGCAGAUCGGGGGCAGAUGCAAAUGCAACGGGCAUGCAUCACGGUGCACAUCUGGGAAAGACGGUGGGGUGCCCCAGUGUGACUGCCAACACAAUACAGCUGGGCUGGAAUGUGACACCUGCAAGGCCUUCUACUGGGACAGACCCUGGCAACGGGCAACACCCAAAGAUGCGCAUGAGUGUGUGGCUUGCAACUGCCACCUCCACUCCAACCGCUGCCGGUUCAGCAUGGAACUCUUUGAACUCUCGGGACGCCAAAGCGGGGGGAUAUGCUUGAACUGCCGGCACCACACAGCUGGGCGCCACUGCCAGUAUUGCUUGCCUGGCUUCAGACGGGAUCUUAACCGCUCCAUCACAAGCAGUAAGGCCUGCAAAGCUUGCCAGUGUCACCCUAUUGGAGCAGCCAGUGCCAUAUGUAACCAGACGACCGGGCAGUGCCAAUGCAAGAACGGGGUCACUGGACUGACCUGCAACCGCUGUGCCCAAGGUUUCCAGCAGAGCCGCAGUGCUCAUACCCCCUGCAUCCGGAUCCCAGAAGUGAUGACGACCACAAUGGUUCCCCCGCAGGAAUGGAACACAGGCACUGAAUGUCAUAACCACUGUGAACCGCCACGAGGACGUGUCCACAUGAAUUUGAGGAACUACUGCAAGACGGAUUAUGUUCUCCGUGCCCAGCUACUGGCCAUGGAAAAGUCAGGCACAUGGUGGAAAUUCACAGCCACGGUCCUAUCUGUCUACCGCCAGCGCCAUGUGCCCAUUCGACGGGGUGAACAGCCAUUCUGGGUGCCGGAGCAGGAUUUGGCAUGUCGAUGCCUCUACCUCCAAGUGAGCAAAUCUUACCUGGUUAUUGGAAAUGACAAAGAAUCGCCGGACCCAGCCCGCUUAAUUCUUGAUAAAAACAGCCUUGCCUUGCCUUGGAGGGAUGCCUGGGCGUAUAAACUGCGCAGUUUCCAGCAGCAAAGCAGAAGAGGAAAAUGCCGGGUCGCCUGAACUACAGUGGCGGGGAUGAGGGUGGACAGGAAAUAAACAGAACCAGGGCAGUAGCCACACAGGUAAUUACCUGCCUGAGCUUUGAGAUACACCCUAGUUCUGAAAGCCAGAAUUGCUGCAGCAGGAAAAUUACACACUGCAACAAAACCCAGAUCCCCAAAAGGAAUUUAUGGCAAUCUGGAUUUUGUUUUUAUUACAACUACACAAGGCCUUUCAUCCGUCCUCUAAAGGGGGCCAUGUGGUGAGAUUACAGUUAUUCCAGCCCCCCCCCUUUUUUCCCAGGAGGUCCGGCUGAAAAAUAGGAACUUGCCUUAGACUAUGCACAGUGAUGGGAAAUAACUGAAUACAAGAUGGUGGUCAAAUCUGGCAGAGGGAAGUAGAACGAGGAACAUGUUAAACAGCUGGUAUGAAAUCUGAGGCAAUAGCAAAAUAGGUGAGACUGACAUAAAAUUGAUUCAGGUUGCUGAUAAGAACUGUAGAAAUCCCUCAGCAAUUUUUCCCAUUCAACUAGGGUUGCCAACUCCAGGCUGGGAAAUUCCUAGAUAUUUGGGGGCUGGAACCUGGGGACAGCAAGGUUUGAAGAGGAGAUGCCAUGGCGCCCACCCUGCAAAGCAGACAUUUUCCCCAGGGGAACUGAUCCCUGCAGUCCAGAGAUCAGUUGUAAUUCUAGGGGAUCUCCAGGCCCCACCUGGAGGCUGGCAACCCUAUCAUAAGAGAGGAAGAGAGAGGAAACCCGGCAAUUUGGAAAGGCUUAAGUCAAACUCUUCCAACAUCAAGAAAGACCACAGGUGACCCAUGACCUCUAACCCCCAGAUAUACUUGUUGAAAUGAUGUGAAAUAUUUUUUCAAAAAAA